AAAGGGUUGCGUGUGUCAGCUUGGAAGAUUCUAUACAAACGUUCGCGUCGCGGCUAAUUUCGAAUAGAGUUUACGAAACGCUCGAAGACUGGCUCGUCACGCGAGGAAUUCAAAUCACCGAAGCAAAGCAAGAUGUCUAUCUUCAUGGGCGAGGAGUGGCAUAAAGGUGAGAAGGAGAUGCACCGUCUGGCAAGGGUUCCCGAGGACGAAAAUCCAACUGUAUAUGGACUCUAUCCUCAAGCUGCAUAUAUGCUUCAGUCCGCACCGCUCCUUGCCAUUGGAACUCUCGAUGCGCAGGGAAGACCUUGGACAACCUUGCUCGGUGGAGAGCCGUCAUUCGCACGGCCUCUAGGUGGUCCUAUGGUUGGUGUUCGCGCGGAUAUUGACGCGCAGUAUGACCCUGUGGUCGAGAUCCUAGUUCCAAAGGAGAAAAGACACGAGAAAGUCGUGCGGUACGACGGUGAGGGAAAAGUCAUGGCCGCGCUUGCUAUCGAUCUUAUGGCGCGGAAAAGGGUCAAGCUAGCGGGGAGAAUGGUUGCUGGAGCCGUCUCAGAAGCGGAUCCCGACGGUGAUGACGCUGCGACAAAUGAGUUGAGGGGCAUCGGAGAGUUGCAGAUGGGUGUCAGGAUCGAGCAGAGCCUAGGAAACUGCCCAAAGUAUCUCAACAAGAAGGAGAUUCGUCCUGCACCCGUGCGGCCCAGGUUGAUUUCAGAUUCAGCUCAGCUGCCACCGGAAGCGCUCAAGUUGAUCAAUAAAGCGGACCUGUUCUUUAUCUCCAGCACGGAUGAGGGCAAGGACAUGGACACGAAUCAUCGCGGCGGCCCGGCAGGCUUUAUCAGGAUCCUCUCCAAUUCGACUUCUGGCACCGAGAUCAUAUACCCCGAGUACAGUGGGAAUCGACUCUAUCAAACCCUCGGAAAUUUACGCGUGACCCCGCAGGCGGGCCUCGUGAUUCCUGACUUCGAUACAGGAAAUGUGUUGUAUCUCACAGGCACGACGGAAGUUUUGAUUGGAAAAGACGCAGCUAAUAUUCUGCCACACACAAAUCUUGCAGUGAAGAUCAAGGUUGCGGAGGCUCGAUUUGUCAAAGAAGGACUUCCCUUCCGAGGUAUUCCCAAUGAGAUGAGCCCAUACAAUCCUCACGUCCGUUUGCUUGCGACUGAAGACGCCCUCUCGUCAACUCUGAUUAAUGCCACAGGCUCAAACGCGGCCAUUCUUGUUGACAAAGAGGACAUCACACCAACAAUCUCGCGUUACAAGUUCACCAUCACACAACCGACAUCCUACAAACCCGGUCAGUGGGUCGCUAUGGAUUUUUCUGAAGAUCUAGAUCAAGGAUAUAGUCACAUGCGAAACGACGACCCUCAGAGCUUAAACGAUGACUACAUUCGUACUUUUACCGUUUCAAGUCCGCCGAAAGACGUACCUGCAGAUGGCGAGGGAGUACAAAAUGAGUUCGAAAUCACGGUACGACUGCAUGGUCCCGUCACAAGUUAUCUGAAGAGGCAAAAUCCAAGGACGGGGCUUGAGGUUCCGCUAAAAACCUUCGGCGGCGACUUCGCGAUCGAUACUACCGGCGAUGCAGUGGUGCCUUUCAUCGCUGGUGGUGUAGGCAUCACACCCUUACUUGGUCAAAUGAACCAACUUGAUGUAGACAAGCUGCGGCUUUUCUGGAUCAUAAGACUCGAAGACAUAGACUUUGUUCUUGAUGUUUUUGCGCAACAUCCGCAACUCGCGAAGCACGCAACGGUAUUCUUCACCGGUGCAGCAACAGUCCCAGCGGACAGAUUGAAGGAGAUCCUUUCGUCUGGAGCCAAGAUUGAAAGAAGGAGACCGACAAGACAGGAUUUAGAACAACCUGAAAUGGCGAUGUCGCAGUGGUACCUUUGCGCUGGCAAUCCUUUGAGAGCGAACCUGUUGGAGUGGCUAGACGGACGAAAGAUUGUUUUUGAAAGUUUUGAUUACUGAGCUGCUACCCCAUUUUAGAUUAUUAUAUGAUAUGACUGAAGUAUUGGAUCAUUUCAGAACGGGCGCACUGGAACUCGUUCGGCUUAGGAGUCGAACUUUGCAAUAUGCGGGCAAUGAAGCAACUUUUAUUUUAGACGAAAAAUGGGUCUUGACUAAUAAUCAUUUAAAGUCUCAAGAUUUUGCUCAGUAUAUCAAGGCAUGUGGUACGGCUUUAGAUUUCCCUAGAUGGUCU